AUGACUGGAAAAGCAAUCAUGAACAUGUUCGACUCAACUUACAGUCAGCAACUGACCGGCAGCUCUCAUGACGAACGAGCAACAGUUAUGGAUAUCGAUGCUUUUCUGCAAGUUUCUACACCUCCGAACAUCAUAUCCAUUGUUCCCAGCUCCAGCACAACUGCAGAUCAACAGUGCUCAUUUCAAGGAAUAUCAGUUGCAAAGUUGGAUCCAGGAGCAGUUUCAGAGGAAGAAAUCAGCGAUUCGUCCGUACAGGAAGACAACCCUUGGCCAGGCAGUGAUGAAAAUAAUUUGGACGUUGAUGUAGACUGUGUAGAUGAAAAUUCGAAUCCGAACAGCGCUGAGAAACGAACACAUGAAGAAGUUACACUCUUGAAAGGUUCCAAGAAGCACGCUACAAGUGAAAUGAAAUUCAAUUCUUUUAAAAUAAAUUGGAAGAAGAUAAGUGACGGUACUCUCGAUCGUUUGCAAAAAAUGCAAAACUUUCGCAACAUGAAUUCAACCCUACCAGUGCCUAGAUCUUUGCAAAUUUCAAAAACCGAUUUAAGUGGUCUAGCUAACUCUGUUGUUGACCAGUUAAGAUGUAUUGAUAACAUCAUUCGAGCGGACGUGAUGGAAAAAGCUGCACGAGAAAUCUUCAACGUGUUUCCGUGUCUGAACUUCGUUGAUGACGACGGAUUUGGAAAAGAAACGGAUUAUGUAUGGUUGAAACACAAGAUGAUAAACCGCAAUACUUAUCUCAACCGUUACAAAGAACCAAACCAACCAAAAGCUUCUUCAUCGGAUAUCAGACGAUACCGGAACUUGCGAGCUGGGACAAUCAAGGAGUACUGGCAAAAGUCUUCUCAAGAUUGCCCCAAGAAUGUCCUCUCGGCACUGUCCAGAAAUGAACCGGAACUCCUAACAAGAGAUUUUCUACAAACUUCUCAGUCGUAUGUUAGAUACUGUUUGGAUGAGAAUAUACCACUGAAAGAUGUGUUGGCGAAACAUCCAGUAUUAAGGCGUCGAAGUCUAUUAAAUUACCACUUUGAAUGCGCCACGGGCGUGAAAGCGGAAUCAUUGGAACAAUAUUUCUCAGCCAAGCGGUCGAAAAUCAUCGAUUUCUCGAAGAGUAAUCGCAAAUUUCUUCUCCUAGAUGCCCAUGCUUCGGAUUACGACAUUUUCAAAUUUUUGUGCCGUUCCUUGGGAGAAAAUAUUGAUGACGUCAUUAUACUGAAAGAGAUGGGAACUAAAAUUGAUAGCAUUACAACCGAUUGUUCAGGUCCAGUUCUCGUAGCAAUAGAUUGUGGAAAUAACAGACAGAUGUAUUAUGUGUUUGCUGAACAAAUACGUUUGAGUGAGGGUACCGAAAGCGUGGUGCAGUCCAUUACGGAUUUGAUGUGUGUUCAUUACGUGCAUAAUUUUAUGUACAUGAAGCAAGCAUCUAAGUUCAUGGAGUUCAUUCAGGAGUACUUAUUCAAAAUACUCCCGACAACCGGAUCUAAAUCGAAUGCUACACGCAAAGGACAGCAGCAACGUGUGGUCAAACGAUUCAUCGAGGCACUUUCUAAUCACAUUCCUAACUCCUAAAUGCCAUGAAUAUACAACCAGCAGCCCAAUCAUCGAAAUUCUGAUACUGCAAUGAUAGAUGCCAACUACUUUUGAAUUUAUAUUUCUAUGUACUUUGAUCGAUAUGUAUAGAGAAAAGAUAACUAAAACUGGCCAUGUUUGAUGAUUGCUCACAUGUGGAUUUUCCGUUAAUAAAUUCAAUGAACAUGUACUACGUAUUAAAAUUCGCCUUAGAAGAAUAAACAGAAAGAAUCACAGAAAGAGUUUUUAUAAUAACAAUAUGAAUCCAUUGCGAAAUACCUAUUCAUUGCUCAAAAAGUAAUUCUACGUGCUUUCAUAUAAAAUUACGUCAUAUUUUAAUUUUACAUGGCAGGUACCAUUAUGGAGUAAAAUUACAAGUUCAGGAAAUUACACGCCGUGUAAAAUUAAAA